UAUUUUAGUUAGUCAGAAAACUCCUCGCGUCAAACACACAUCGUUUUUAAUGUACAGUGUUUUUGUUGUGUCUUGUGAUUGUGUCGCGUGGGCUUUGGCCUUACCAUCUGACGAAUAAUUCACUUUCGUUGAUUUGGCAUUAUGACGUUAAAAAUAUAAUUUUUAUUCAUUACGUUAUUUAGCUAUACAAUUUUAAGGGAUUUUUAAAACGAUUACUGCUUCAUUCUUUUGAAAGGAAAACCAUCUCUAUUCUGAUUUAAAAAGAAUUCACUUUUACAUGGCAUUACAUUUUUUGGCUCAUACAUGAAAAUUUUGUCAUGUCUAUGUGUCUUACAUUGACGUCAGUUGGUAACAUUGUAGUGUCAAAGCGAAGUCAUUAAUAGUGAGAAAAACUAAAGUGUUUAUAAUAUAGAUAUUUAAAACAGUGAAGAUGAUGACAAUUAGUGAGAGUCAAUUUUCCUCCAACAAAAUGUCAAGUAUCCACAAAAUCAACGAUCGAGUGGUCCACAAGGACGCUUUCGACGAUGUCAAAAGCUCCUCCAGUGUCAACAGCACCCUCAUUACGAAGCGUGGAUUUAAGCCAUCGGAUAUGUUUGAUCCUCAAAAGAAGGAAUUCCUUACCAACCUCAGUUAUAAGUUGUUUCCUGUAAGUUGGAAUGACGUCGAAGUGAUCCAGGAUCCCUCCAUACAACUUCCAGAAGAGCCGCUUGACGACCUAGAUAACAAACCAGUCAUCGUGGGAGACAAGGAGGUCGAUCUAAACAAGAUCUUCACUCCAGCGGCUGAUGCUGAAGAGCAUAUCAUUAAGAAAGACCGCAAAUUCGAAAAAACCUUCGCAUCAUCAGCCUUCUACGUGCCAGGUGUUCAUCCGACGGUAAGGGAACAGAUGGACCUCGCGAGAGCCAUCUCCAAGUCCUUAUCUGAUUCCAGUAACCAAAUGUCCAAGGGGCAGAGCAUGUAUGUCAAUCGGAAGAAGCGUUCUGUCAAAUGGGUUCAUGAGGGACGAGGAAGAAACACAUCAAAUACUUCACAAACACCAACUCCGGUCGCCAACCAUGACACGCCAUACCGCCCGCCAUCUAGUUUGCGUAACCAAAAAACUUACCCGAAAUCAGCGCUAAAACAUACUUCAAAUAUACCAAAAAUGGAACCUUUUCCAGUUACAUCGCCUAUUAUUAAACUCGAAAAUGUAGAAAUUCCAGUACCAAUGGCACCCACAAAGUUGAAUGAUGUCUACGCUUCACCAAAAAGCCCGCGUUUACCGCUUGUCAGUGGGCCCAAUUUCAAUGUAGCGCCAAGAGGUUGGGGGGAAAUGCAAAAUUACUACAGACCGGUGUCGCUAGAUGGAGUUGGACAGACAACGCGCGGUUACACAGAUUAUUAAGGUCAUUUGUUAAUGUUUAAUUUAAUUUUUAAAUUAAAUUAUUUUAACAAUUAUAAACCAUAGAGAAUGGAAGAAAUUAUCUUGCGAAGAAAAGCAGAAAAAGCUUUUGUAAUUGACACAGUGUCUCUCAGUUUAUUGAACGUUGCGCGGCACAUGAUAAAAACCUUGUUUUGGUCUGAUUCUGACCUACGAUGCAUCAAAUUAUCUUUAUCUUUAAGCUUUUUUUAUAAGAUGUUUUAAAAUGAUUAUUGUUAUUUUUCAAUGUUAUAUUUAGUUUAAAGUUUAUUUAUGUAAACUGAACUUAAAAUAACUACUCAGAUAAAUGUUCCUUAAUAGGACCUUACAUAACUCAGGCCAAUUUUAAAUUGUAACUGUUGAAAAUAUAUACUUAACAUCGUAUUUUUAUAAAUACAGAGAACAGUUUAUACGUCUUUUUAAUAUACACUUUUAUUCUAAUAGAAAGUAUUUUAUGACAUUUAUACCUAAACAUUUAAGAUAUAAAAAAAAAUUAUACAAAAAGCUAAUUAAAGUUAAAACUAGUCAAGACAAUUAUUUAUUAUAUUGUGUUGUGUAUUGUGAAGUUUCCGUUAAGAACCAAAAAUCCCGUUGAUAUAUUUUAGUAAUAAGUAAAUACUGUAUUAUUAAGGUAUUUAAUAAAAAUUAAUAUCAAAAA